AAAUACGUAGUGAAAAGUUCAUCUAUACAUAAGAUCGUGAAUAAAUUUUUUUAUACACAAAUUAAAACAUACAACCAGAAGAAACUUCAAAAUGCGUAAAUGCAUAGUUGUAUUUGCUUCGUUAUUGGUUAUUUAUGCCCAAUUAUCAAAUGGCUAGUAUUAGAAACUACAUCGCGGUUGCUUCGUCGGUGUUUCCAAUGUCGAUCUAGAGGUGAACUUGGAAGUUGUAAAGAUCCAUUCUCUUUUAAUGCAACUGAUGUUGAAAAUGAACCCGGAUUAUCGGCUGUACCAUGUGCUUCUGGCUGGUGUGGGAAAGUAAUCGAAGGUGGUGGCACAUAUGCUGUGGACGACUACGACCAAGCAAUACAGCGGAUGUGUGUACAACGAGGUCCAGAUGAUAAUCAAGAUCGUUGUGCCAAUACUGUUUACAAUUACAAAAAAGUUUAUAUGUGUUUUUGUCAAGGAGAUUUAUGCAAUUCGAGCUCAAAUAUCCGUGCUAAUUAUUUUUAUUUUGGAAUUGUAAUAGUCGUUUUUAUAUGUAAUCAAUUAUUUGCAUCUCUAUCUUAAAUUUUAACUGAGUGUGCUUGAAACACUACAAUACUAAUACUUAAUUUUUUAUACCUAUCACUUUCUCAGUAGUGCAAUAAAUAAAAAGCAAAAAUAUCUAAAAAUUAUUUUUCAUUU